AUCGGUGUUGGUGAUGCCUCCGGGGGUAUAUAUACGCCGAGCGCUGCGGGGCUUGAUAAACGCUAGGCUUACAUCGACGAUUAACGCCGCACCAUGUACACGACACUGAUACUCCUGAUUUCACUGGUCAGCUGGGCGUCGGCUGCUCCCCAGAAACCCGGGGACCAAGUGAUACCCAUAGUCAGCCAAAGCCAGGAAGGCCCGAACCCGGACGGUUCCUACAAGUGGAACUACGAGUCGGGUAACGGGAUCAAAGCCGAGGAGGAAGGUCACGUGGAGAACGCUGGGAAGGAGGAGGAGGCGAUGAACGCAAAGGGCAGUUUCAGCUAUCCCAGCGACGGCGGCCAAGAGAUCUCUUUGACCUACGUGGCGAACGAGAACGGUUUCCAGCCGCAGGGUGCUCAUCUGCCGACCACCCCCGAGAUUCCGCCUCUCAUUCAGAAGGCCCUCGAAUGGAUAGCCGCUCACCCGAGCAAGGAGGAUCAGAAUCAAGUGUAAAAGCUACUCUUUUAUCAGGAUUUGUCUGUCGAAUGUGAUCUCAGCGAGUUCGAUUUUUGUUUCAACGGCGCGCGCUUUAACUGUAACAACGCAUCGAGAAAUUCCGUCGCCGAACAGAGUAAUAAACCGAGCAUGACUCGCACAAAUUGUACACCACGUUGUAUACGUAUAAAACGUUAUUGGAUUUUCCUGAAUUAAAUUGAACGUUCGAUGUUAUAAGAGUAAAAAUUGAGCGUGGAAUUUUUGAUCGAUUUUAUAGUUAAUGCCGCGCGACGAACAAGUAAUUAACGAUUAAUCGCCCCCGUCGUCGCCUCUCGCUCUAAUUAUUGCUAUAAACCCGGGAGUAGUUUAUUUAAAAACAGUUUUUAUAUAAAAUCGAAACAGCUUGGAAACUGUUUUGAGGUAGCAACCAGAGAUAGUUGGAACUGCUUUCGAGUGGCUGAACCGUGUUUGCGUAAUAAAAAUUGUUUUUCAAAUAAAAUAUUUCCUGGUGUACGCAUUACAGAUACUACUAUAUAACGAAACGCGUACUUACUCUGGUUCAAUCUGUUGUAAAUAUUUAUUAUAUAUAUAUAUAUAUAUAUUGUGUUUUGUACAUCUAUAUUAAUUAUUAUGCUGUACUCGUAUCGGAACGACCAUUUAUGUAGAUAACAAUUACCAAGCAUAUGAUUGCAAUAAACGAUAUAAAUAAAUGUUGCAAUUGAAGAGA